AUGCCUCCGAAGUCCCAACCAGCUCAUAAGAAAGCGAAGACCACCGCGAAUAGUCAAAGUGGCCCAAGCUCGCUCGCACUCGGGGCACCGACAGAAGACGAUCUUCCCUCCGCCCGGGCGUUUGCCCCCUCUUCCUCCGCGUACUCAGAGAGGAAACUUCACGUCGAUGCAUCUGUUCCAACACUGGUUUCGUUGUGUAUCCGCGUAUUCGCAGGUAAUAUCAGGACGCUAGCUCGCGAACAUGAUGCCUGGGAAGAGACUAGGCAGUAUCUAAAGAUUCUGCCGGACGCCAUUCUGACGCGAAUAUUUACGCUACUCAAGGCAACCGCGCCCACGGUCUUGAACGCAGCAUUCAUAACCUCUUUCUUCUUCAACGGCUCAGUCAUGAUUUUGACCAGUGACCUGCCUGGCGUCGGCAAACAGACUAUCUCUGAGGUACAGAAGUUCGGCGAUAAACUUCGUGAACUUGAGCUCUCUGGGUUUGAGACAUUCCCCGAUUCGCUCUUCGCGUCUGUGGUGUCUACCCUACCAGGAUUGCGGUCGCUGGUGCUGCGAGGAUGCCAUAAAGUGGGCACAUUGACGAUGCAGGCAGCGGCGAAUAAAUGUACAGAACUGCGCUCACUCAAUGUGAACUACACAUCCGUGACCCCUCUGUCCUUGGUCCCACUCAUCCAAGCGUGCGGGCAACAACUCGAAGUGCUGAAGGUCGCAGGAAUACCUAACUGGACGGAUACAGCCUUCGCAAAACUGCUGGCAGGCUUGGGCGCUGAUACACGGCUACCGUCCUUGCACACCCUGAAGCUUAGGGGGACGUCACUCACAGAUAUGUCACUGAAUCCAAUCAUCUCAAUGUGUCCUUCCCUACGACAUCUCGACAUCUCCUUCACCCUCGUCAAACACCCUGCCAUCCUCUCUGAUCCUGAAACAGCGCCACCUUUGGAAAAGCUGUCACUGACCUCGACACCUAUGUCCUGGACAACUUUGAUAGCUACUAUACCGUGCCACCCGCACCUGAAGACGCUGUCUAUAGGUGCCUUGGGUGGUGGGCAGGCGACGAACGCGACUAUGGGCAAUUCCUCCGGCCUGACGAUGACUGAUACCAUAUUGCGUGUGCUCGUGGACAGUCUAUCGGGCUUCACGGAGUUGGAACACAUCAAUUUGGUGGGCAAUGCGAAGUUAGGCACUACAGGUAAAUUCGAGCGAAGUCUGGAAGUGUUCAUCAGACGAGUGGGUAGAAAAUGCAAGAAACUGAACCUCUCGGGCGUGAUGUAUCUUCGUUCCUCAGAUUUGGCAGGCUUAAUGCCAGAUGAUGACGAAGAACCGUCAUCUCUGGAGGUUUUGAACCUCAACAACACUGCGGUGGAUGAUCAGGCCGCAAUCUUCAUCUCGACAUGCCCAUACCUUCACACUUUGGAGGUCCAAGGAACAAAGUUCACAAGUGAUGGACUAUUCACAAUCAUCGAUGCUUGUACUAGGCUUGCACGACUGGACUUGACGAGUUGCCGGGGAGUGCGCGUUCGCGACCGGCGGCGCUUUUUCGAGGUCUGGAAAGAAGAAAGAGCCGACGGUUCAUCAUAA